UCCGGUUUAUAGUUGUGUUACUUUGUUGGUAAACGUUUUGAAGAGUGUGUGCGUGUGGAAAAAUGGCCGCAAUGAAGAAUAUCGCUUCAAUAUUGUCGCCGAAGUUUUUAUCGCCAUUAUCGCCCUCACGGGGUGUACUCAAUGUGACGAAAAGUGAGGGAAAAGUGACCUUAAGGCACCUAGAAAGACCCAACGUAGUAAAAAAACUAGAUUUUUCACAAAAAAUCGAAGAUCUUUGGCCCACGUCGAACCUAAAUGUUCCAAAAAUUAAAGUUGAAAAAUCAGAGGAUCCGGUUAUAACUUUAACCAAUCCGAGUGCGUUCCUUUUGGAUAUAAAUACCCCGAAUAAGAAAUAUUUGGCUCAAAACGGAUUGGACAAGUUCAAAAAUCGCACCACGAUAUUAGGAAAAGGCACCUUUGGGACAGUUUUCAAAGGAAAACAUAAAGACCAAACUGUUGCUGUGAAGCUCAUCCCAAGGCAUUCCAGCAAACAGGAACAAAACGCCCUCAAUUUAUAUCACGAGAACAUCGUACAAACAUUAGAAAUAAUCGAAAAUUCUGAAUAUCAGAAUUACUGUUUGGUCAUUAUGGAAUACCUACCGAAAACCAAAAGUUUACAAGACCUUCUCGCGAACUUAAAAGAGUCGAACAGCAUUUUUGACCCGAAAAUAUUCAAAAAAACCACCCAAGACAUCACCAAGGGGUUGAAGUUUCUACAUGACCACGGGGUGAUGCAUCUGGACCUGAAACCAAAAAACAUCUUAGUAGACCCCGUAGGUCAUGCUUGUAAAAUUUGUGAUUUUGGAAACUCCGCUCGGGUCACCGAUCGGAUGCAAGAGUUCACUUAUAAAGGCACAAUCAUUUAUACUGCCCCGGAAAUACUUCUGGGCCAACCCCCAACGGUGAAAAGUGAUAUUUACUCGCUGGGGUUGGUUUUUUGGCAAAUCAUCUUCUUGGAUACACCCUUUAAGGAGUUUGAAAAUGUCGAAAGUAUUAUUUAUAAUGUAAGUGGAGUAGAGCAAGUUGGAAAAUUUAAUUUAAGACCCAAAAUCGAUAAAAAUCAAUGUGAUACUGCAAUGGAAACAAUUCUUACUAAAUGUUGGGAUAGUUUGCCUGAGUCUAGACCUAAUGCUCAAGAGGUCGUAGAGAUGCUGUUAAAAGCUUAAGAAGUUUGUUAUUGUUUUUAUAGUUAUAUUUAUGUUGUUUUAUAUAGGAUAAGUUUAAUAAAAAUAAAUAAAUUUCAUGAAAA